CUCCGCCAGAACUACGCCGCCGGGGAAAAGACCUACAUCCUUACCCUCACCUUCCCGUCCAUCGAAGAUUCCCUACCGCACCUUACACGGCUGAGCUAUGGUACCGACAUGUGGGAGCUCCGCGCCGACCUCCUCAGCUCUACCUCGCCGGCGUUUGUCUCGCAGCAGAUCAGUUUGCUGAGGGCAAACUCGGAGCUGCCGAUACUGUUCACCGUGCGGACGGUUAGCCAAGGAGGGAAAUUCCCGGAUGAGAUGGCUGUGGAGGCCCUGGAGCUGCUACAGCUAGCUGUGGAGGCUGGGUGCGACUAUGUCGAUGUCGAGACGAGCUGGCCGGUAGAGGCCGUCGAUAAGCUGCGGCAGAACAAGGCGGAUACAAUCCUCGUGGCGAGUUGGACGGACCCCACCGGGGCCAUCAGGUUGGAGGAUGCAGUCCUGCAGGAGAAAUACAUCCAGGCGGAGAAGAUUGGAGACAUAGUGAUGCUCAGCAUCCUAGCCACAACCGAAUACGACUCCCACGAGCUGGCACUAUUCCUCCGCGACCACCGACAAAAGCACCACAAGCCACUGAUCGCCAUGGGAUUGGGCACGCACGGGCAACUCUCACGAGUAGUCAGCCCAGUCUCAUUCAUUACGCACGCGCUCCUUCCGGGCGCCGGCGCCCCGGGGCAGAUGAGUCUCGCGCAGAUCCAGCAGAGCAUGCACCUUCUGGGGCAGCUGCCGGCACGGAAUUUUUUCAUAUUCGGCAACAACAUAGCGCACUCGCUUUCACCAACACUUCACAACACGGCCUUCACGGAGCUGGGGCUUCCGCACCACUACAGCAUCCACGAGACCUUCGCCGUGGACGAGGGCGUGCGCGAGAUCAUGAGCCGCCCGGACUUCGGCGGUGCAUCCGUCACCUUCCCGCACAAGCUGCAGAUCGGCCAGUUCCUGCAGACCGAGUCAGCCGUUGCGCGUCUCAUCGGCGCGGUCAACACCGUGCUGGUGCGCACGGGGAAAGACGGGUCCCGCCAGCUCGUCGGCGACAACACCGACUGGCUGGGGAUCAAGUCCUGCAUCGAGGUGAACUGGCCGGACGGUGGAACGGUCACCGCGCGCGCCGCAAUCGUGAUCGGCGCUGGCGGCGCCUCCCGCGCUGCGUGCUACGCCGUCCAACAACUCGGCGUAAAGACGCUCUACAUGAUCAACCGCACGCGCGCCAAGGCCGAAGCGCUGGCGGAGGACUUCCCCGCGCUCACGUUCGUGCACUACAGCAGCUUUGCGGAGUUCCCUGCGGCGGGCGCGGACCCCGCACCGAGUAUCAUUGUUGGCUGUGUUCCCGCCGAUGACUUCGUCGAGGAGGAUAUUCCGUCCGCGAUGUUUGCCGCGGUCGAGAACGGCGUGCUGGUCGAAAUGGCGUAUCGCCCCCUGGAAACGGCCCUGAUGAAACGGGGAAAGAGGUUCAACGGGUGGAAGAUCACCCGUGGCGUCGAUGUCCUCAAGGAACAGGCUUAUCAUCAGUUCCACAUGUGGACCGGACGUAGGGCACCCAAGAGGGUUAUGGCGCAGGCGGUGGAUGCGAAGGUUGGAUAACUAAGCUUUAGAUAGAGGGAUCACGUGUGUAUUUGUAUAUAUGUAGCUCUGCGGCCGGAAAUCAAGCUCGUCGUUGAAUUCAUCACGUUACGUGUGUG